UCGUUAUCCCACCUAUUAAUCCCCUAUCUUUAUCCUCCAUUCUUAUCCCUCUAAUUUUCAUCCCUCCAAUCAAACGCCCCGUUAAGACUUUAACACCUAACCUAAACGAAUAAGAAUAGAGUGCGGUCUCAUGUCAUCAUGUGAGUUAAUAAACAAAACAAAACAAAGUUAAUACUUAAAAAAGAAAGGUUGAAGUGGUUAGCUUCAAACCAUGGAAGUAUUUGACAAAUAUUAUGAACCAAUCACAACAUUAAAAAACUGCCUUUUUUUCGGCGUCACGAAUAAUGUGGUCAACACGAAUACCAUUUACAUUCACUACUUGUUCUUUGUUGACACCUCCAUUUCUACUUCUUUAUCGCUUCGCUUCAUCUUCAUCUUCAUCUUCGUACUUUCCCUCUCCUCGCCGCCGUAAACUCACGACUUUCUCCGCCGCCAUGACAUCCUCCAACGGCAAUUCUCCGGCUGACCAUUUCGCCGGAAACUGGAUCUCGGUGCCGGAACUCCGACUUCGUGAUCAUUAUUUCACUGUUCCUCUUGAUUAUUCUAGUGUUUCUGAUUCAUCUUGCCCUAAAAUCAGCGUUUUUGCUCGCGAAGUUGUUGCCGCUGGUAAGGAGGAUCAACCACUGCCAUAUCUUCUAUAUCUGCAAGGUGGACCUGGCUUUGAGUCUCCACGUCCUACAGAAUCGAAAGGUUGGAUUGGUAAAGCAUGUGAAGGCUAUCGUGUUGUGUUGUUGGAUCAGCGUGGAACAGGCUUGUCAACUCCCUUGACCACAUCUUCUAUGCGGCAAAUGAAAUCUGCAGAAGAUCUGGCUGAAUACUUGAAACACUUCCGUGCAGACAAUAUUGUAAACGAUGCUGAAUUCAUUAGAAAACGCAUUGUUCCUGAAGCUGGUCCUUGGACUAUCUUGGGACAGAGCUACGGUGGUUUUUGUGCUGUUACAUAUCUAAGUUUUGCCCCUCAAGGGUUAAAGCAAGUCCUUGUAACAGGCGGAAUUCCUCCUGUUGCAGAUGGUUGUACUGCAGAUGCCGUGUAUCAUGCAUGCUUUGAAAAGAUUUCGCGUCAAACAGAGAAAUACUAUGAAAGGUUUCCUCAGGAUGUUGAAGUUGUCCAAGAUAUUGUUAAAUUCUUGGCAAAUUCUGAAGGAGGCGGGGUGCCUCUACCAUCUGGUGGAAUGUUAACCCCAAGGGGACUUCAAACUCUUGGUCUUUCUGGUCUAGGGGCUGGGGCUGGUGCUGGUUUUGAGAGGUUGCAUUACAUGCUUGAGAGAGCCUGGGAUCCUGUUAUAACUCCAGGUGCACAAAAGCAACUCAGUUAUUGCUUUUUGAAUGCCUUUGAUAAUUGGGGGGCUUUCAAUACGAACCCGCUAUAUGUGAUACUUCAUGAGUUGAUUUACUGCGAAGGUGCUCCAUCACAGUGGGCUGCUCAUAGAGUAAGGGAGGCCAAUGGAAGCAAGUUUGACGCAAUCAAGGCAGCAAAAGAAGGGCGUCCUGUAUACUUCACAGGAGAGAUGGUAUUCCCAUGGAUGUUUGAUGAAAUUUCUUCCUUAAAACAUCUCAAGGAGGUUGCCCACAUACUUUCAGAGAAAAAAGAUUGGCCUCCAUUAUAUGAUGUAGCAGCACUGGAGAACAACAAGGUUCCUGUAGCAGCUGCGCUCUACUAUGAGGACAUGUUUGUGAACUUCAAUCUGGCCAUGAAAACUGCUGAACAUAUUUCCGGAAUAAGGCUGUGGAUAACUAAUGAAUACAUGCAUUCUGGUUUACAGGAUGGGGGAAGUCAUGUCUUCGAUCAUCUGAUGGAGAUGUUGAAUGGGAAGAGGCCCUUGUUCUAAAUAUUUUCCAGUCUCGAGAUAUGUCUUUACCUAAUAAAUACUGCUAGUCUUUUCUUUUUUUUUUUUUUUUUUUUUUUUUUUUUCUUUUUUUUUUUUUAUCAAUAUAUAGAUUGGCGGAUUGUAACAUGUUUCAUUGAGUUCAUAAGCGCAGGACCAUGAUAGAGUGAUCUUGCUAUUAGAGAAAGAAUUAAGUCUGAAUUCUGAUGAUGUUCAUAGAAUGUAAUAUGAUGCGUAGUAUAAGUUUAUGAUACUCAGAAAUAAGAAUUAACAUGACAUGUUUUUGCAAAAUCUA